UCGAGAUUCGAGUAUCAAUUUUGAAAAACCGCGGCGCGUACUUCCGUCUCGUAAUAUCCUCUCGCAAACGAUCGGUUGAUAUUUAAGGAACUUAUUCAUUAAAAUUGUGAUUGUUUUCGUACACGAAUGAAGAUGCGAGAAAUGGACUUUCAUACGCGAUAUACUCGCAGAACGUCAUCCGAUCCGGUUGUGCCAAUCGCCUGAUCAAAGUAUCCGAUAACUAUCUUCAGCGGUGAAGGUCUGCAACCCAUUCAAGAUCAUGUCCACAUUAUUGCUAGUCUUUUAGAAACAGCGACAUGAGUGUUCUCGUGCAGAACACCCGAAUUAUUUCGAGUCGUGAGAACAAGUAUCUGAAGAAAUUAAUAUUAUUGAAUUUCACGUAAAUUUCUUCGAUCGAUAUAUAUCGUGCAAUAUUUAGUUUUGGCUAAGAUUAAUUUAUACAUUUAUACGAUGCCACCUAGUCGUUUAGACGCCGUUUACAGAAGCAUCCUCCUUACGAAAUUCUUCACGAAGGGCUGGGGUAGCCCUCAGAACUUAAAAAGGAUUUUUGAAUUUAGAAAAGUUAUUGCCAAUAGAGAAGCAUGUUAUAAUCUUAUACCCCGUGAUUAUCCAAUCAAUAUAACUAAGGAUGAAGAAUGGUCAGAUUGCCAUAUCAUAGAAGGAUGUUUUGAAAGCCCAUUUCACAAGCAUCUUCCUGGUAUAAUGCCAAAUGAAACAAUAAGUGCACAUUUUCAAUUGGUUCUACCACGUAAAUGGUAUUCACACAAAACAAAACCUAUUUGUUUACAUCUUGCAGGUACAGGAGAUCAUUAUUUCUGGAGGAGAAGAAAUUUGAUUGCAAAACCCCUGCUUAAAGAAUCUGGAAUUGCAUCUUUAUUACUGGAAAAUCCAUUUUAUGGAUUAAGAAAGCCACAAAAUCAAAUACGUUCUUGUUUGCAUAAUGUAUGUGAUAUUUUUAUCAUGGGAGGAUGUUUAAUAAUGGAAUCAAUUGUUUUACUGAAUUGGUGCGAGCGGCAAGGUUUUGGACCUUUAGGCCUUACAGGAUUGUCAAUGGGUGGUCAUAUGGCUUCUUUGGCAGCAACUAAUUGGCCAAAACCGAUACCGUUAAUUCCUUGUCUUUCAUGGUCAACAGCAUCGCCGGUAUUCACUCAAGGAGUAAUGAGUGCCUCCAUUAAUUGGACACUUUUAGAAAACCAAUAUUUCGCGAACGAGCUUUACCAAAACGAUCUCGCCAAAAUGGUCAAAAUUGUUGGGGAGGAAGAUGCGUUUUUAGCAGGUCAACAUUUUGCUCAACAUUAUCCUGUAAGCAUGAAUAGAGUGAAUGAAUUAAAAGAAAAAUCAGAAAGUGUUAAUAAAGAAACAGACACUGCAACUGCUAUUCAGACUGUGAUAAAUACUAAAUCAAAUAAGAAAUGUGAAUUUGAAAACAAUGACAAUAAGCUGAAGAAAGAAGUUGUAGAAGAAAAAGAAGCAGCCAAAAUAUUUCCUCUAAGCCUCAUUUCUAACAGAUUUAAGCUAAAAGAUUCAAAUGCUCUCAAAGGCGUUUGUUUAUUACCAGUUACGAGGCAUCCAUUAUUUUCGGAUUACAAAUGGCGCGAACGAGAAGCAUUGCAAUUCAUGUGUGGGAUAAUGGAUGAAUGUACGCAUUUAAAAAAUUUUGAAGUACCUGUUGAUACCGAACUUAUCAUCGCUGUUUGCGCGAGGGAUGAUGCAUAUGUGCCACGUGACGGUUGUAUGAGCUUAGAAAAAAUCUGGCCUGGCGUUGAAAUUCGAUACAUCGAAGCGGGCCAUGUAAGCGCGUAUCUUCUUCACCAGAAAGUAUUUAGAUCUACUAUAGCAGAAGCAUUUCAGCGAUCUUUAAAAAAAUAUCCUUUACAAGUCAGUUGAUACAUGUGUAAUUUUAGCGAGAAUCUAAGACAAGUCAAAAUUGUCUUAAACAAUUUUUACGGGGCAAUACUUUGUUGAAGAAACAUUACAGUUUCUAGGGCUCAUGCGUUUGCAAUCUUAUAAAUAUUUAACACAAGAACAAUAAUUAUGAAUGUAAGCAAAUACGAUUCUUUAUGUGUUCAACGUGUACAGAAUAUUCUAGUGUUGUUAUAGCAUAAA